AAUUCUUCUUUCCUUCCCUUCCCUCUCCAUCUCAUUUUUAUACUUUUUUCUUUGUUGGUUCUUCAUCCUUCUCAUAUUUUGGUUUUCACAUAUCUUUUCUUUGCCUCUAUCUGCAAUGCUUCUAUUAGUGAACCGAAUUCAGUUUAUAAUUACUGGAGACAAGAUUUCACCGGCCGAACGUGCCAUUUACAUGAUGAAUCACAGAACUCGCCUCGACUGGAUGUACUUUUGGGCGGUGCUUUACCAACUUGAUCCGAACUUGCUGACGACUUUGAAGAUUGUUUUAAAGUCUUCAUUAAAAAGCCUGCCCGGAGCAGGCUGGGCGAUGCAGUUCAAGAACUUCAUUUUUCUAGAACGUUCUUGGGAUCAAGAUAAGGAAACACUGGAGAAAUCUGCUCUGUACUACAGUAAAACGAAGCAGCCUUUUCAGGUACUGAUCUUUCCGGAAGGUACGGACUACUGUACUAGAUCUAAAAUCAAAAGCGAUUCGUUUGCGUCAUCGAACAACCUGACGGCUUAUAAAUUCGUGCUGCAGCCCAGAACUACGGGAGUCAUCAAUUUCAUCAACUAUCUGCGAAAUCAAUGUGCCAUCGACUCUAUCUAUGACAUCACCGUUUCGUAUCCAGACACAGUCGUGCAAACCGAAUAUGACUACUUCACAGGCCAUUCGCCGCGACAAGUUUGUUACCACAUCAAGAAACUCGAUAUCGCUGCCGUCCCAACUGACCUAGAAGCAGCCGCUUUGUGGCUGAGACAGGUCUGGUCAGAAAAAGAGGAGGCACUGUCACGGUUUUACAAAGAUCUCGACCAAAACGCAGCUCGGUCAUACGAUGGUCGUAUGAUCGCACCUUCGUCGCCGAAAUUGACCCCUUUAUACACUGCCAGUUUGUUUUGGUUAUUUUUCCUUCUUCUGUGGAUGUAUUUGUUGUUGGUGUCUGUUUUAUUUCGUAUUUACAUCUUUCUUGGAGCGUUGUGGUUCUUUUUCGUCGAAAAAUAUUUUGGUGGAUGGGACAUGUUGCAGAUACACCUUCUCUGUGGUGGCAGUCAUAAAGCUGCGAAACAGGACCAAAAGUUUCGGCAGCUCCAACAUUGA